AUGGGUAAGUUCCAUCCAAGAUUUCUUGGGUACUGGCUUGCAAUAUUAGCUGGUUGGCGGAACCUUUAUCAGUGGACAGAACAUGUGGCAAUACAUUUCUGCAUAGUAGGGAGGUCCUAUAUGAGGCGGCCUGCUGAAACUGAUGUGGUUGUUCAAAGUAGCAGCAAUGGAGGAACAAGAAUGUCUAAUGAAGACUUGAAGAAACUUCCCUGUUUCCUGUACAAGGUUGAAGAGAGAGACAGAGAUAUACAAGAGGAUUCCUUGGAAUGUGCUGUGUGUUUAGAAAGAUUCAAGUCAGGAGAAAACUGCAGAUUGCUGACGAAUUGCAACCACAGUUUCCAUGUCAAAUGCAUUGAUUCAUGGUUGAUAAAGACACCAUAUUGUCCAAUUUGUCGAACAAUUGCCAUGAAACAGUCCUGCUAA